UUUUCUUUUUUUUUUCUUCCUCUUUCGUAUAGUUUAUCAUUUGCAAUGGCUCCUGCUAAGUCCACCGCUGCUGUCAAGAAGUCCAAGUUCGUCAUUGACUGUUCUGCUCCUGCUAACGACAAGAUCUUUGACGUUGCUGCUUUUGAAAAGUACCUCCAUGAUCGUGUCAAGGUUGAAGGUCGUACCAACAACUUGGGUGAAGCUGUGACCAUCACUCGUGCCGAUAACAAGAUCGUUGUUGUUGCCAACAUUGCUUUCUCCAAGCGUUACCUCAAGUACUUGACCAAGAAGUUCUUGAAGAAGAACCAAAUCCGUGACUGGCUUCGUGUCAUUGCUACUGAUAAGCAAACCUUCGAACUUCGUUACUUCAACAUUGCCAACGAUGAAGAAGAAGCUGACGAAGAAUAAACUUCAUGAUCUCUCUUUUUCGUUUUUUAUUUGUUAUCUAUCAAUAAAACAUGAUUUUGAAUGUGAUUUUUUUUUA